GCAUUGUACCGAUCAAUUCCCCGGUUCCAAACCAUGAGUGAUUUUGUGCUUGAUGGUGACCAGGAAGUCCAGGUCGACGAGUUUGGUGACGAAGCCUCAAAAGAGGACUUAAGUAUGUCCGACGAUCUUCAUUUUGAUGCGGAACUUGAAGCAAUCAAAGAAAGGUUCAAAGAAAUCGAGGCUGAUGCCAAUAAACUUCACGAUAUACACAGUAUAACUGACAAAUCGCCUUCCUCUAGAGCCAACUCUUCCGUCUUAUCAGACGAGGACAAAGUGGAGACUGACCUACGCUCAAUUUAUGUUGGUAAUGUUGACUACGGCGCUACUGCGGACGAGUUAGAGGCCCACUUCCGGGGUUGUGGUCCCAUCAAUCGCGUCACCAUUUUGUGCAACAAAUACACUGGGCACCCGAAAGGCUUCGCUUACAUCGAGUUUGACACUCGGGAUGCAGUGGAGGCAGCAAUGGCUUUGGACGACUCGAGCUUUCGCAAUAGACAGCUGAAGGUCCUACCCAAACGCACCAAUGUUCCCGGGCUAUCGAUGACCCAUCGACCCCCGUAUAUGCGUGGCCGAGGUCGAGGACGUGCAAUGGGCGGUAUGUAUUACCGCCCCGUUUACUUCGGUGGCGGCCGAAUGCGUUUCCCUCGAAUGCGGCGGCGUGGUAGUUAUUACUUUGCUCCUUAUUGAUGUGGCACAGAAGAAAAAAAAGAAAAAAACAAUGGCAAAAAAGAAUGUGUGUACGGUCUUGCCACAGCCCUGACCUGCGCGUACUGUGCGUAUGCGUGUGUCGCCUUCCACUCUUAUUAUAUGCAAGCUUCUAACUGUAAAUCCGAUUUUCCAAUUUUCAGGUAUCUGAAAGUUCCACUUGAUGAUGCCCAAACGAAUCUGUAUUGCAGUCAUUUUCAGCCUCUGUUAAGCAUUUUCUCUCACACUUCUCCAUUUUUCACAUUGCAUAACAUUUGUUGUCUGUUUGUAUCAACGUUUUCCUCUGAUUUGGUCUCCACAUUCAUAAAGAGAUUUGCUCAACAGCAA